CAGCGGUUUUAUUGAGGCGGAGGGACGAGCUGGAUAGAAAUGAUCAUGAACGGGAGCGCAUUUGAUGUAGUCGUGUGCUGCUGGUGAUUCUGCACGGUUUGAGCAGCUGGUUGGAGGAGAACGUGCCGAUCGUGCAAUAAUCAUCCUAGAGGCGUUGCCAGCCCGAUGAUCAAGUCGAAGAUGUGAGAUCAGCUUUUCAACAAAUCGAUCUGCACUCAUGCGGCUUGCGGCAGCCGCUCCCGCAGCUGGCUCCUUCAGAAGGCGAGCCGUUGCGAUUGGCGGUGCGCUCACUUGCAGUGCGUUACCGGGCCGUGCUGCGUCGAGUGGUUUCUUUGCUGCGGCAGAUCCAAGUAGACACUCGAUUGAAGUAGACCACCGUGUCUACUACACCAAACCUUCUACUUCGUCCCCGCAAAAAUCCUUCCUUCACCGGGAGGAUGCACAGCUGCACGAAGGUGUCCAAGAGCUCUCGUUGAAGUCCGACCUGAUUCCGCCGGCGAAGAAUCAGACCCGCGCGGCGCCCUACGUGUCGGACGAAGAGUGCACGGAGUUCGCGGCGUCAAUCUACCGCAAGCCCGCGGUCGUGUGCAGUCGCGUGGAAGUGGAUGCAGACACCGACGGCUGCAAGUGCAAAGUGGUCCUGCCCGCGAGUAUCCACCCCGUGCCGGACACGAUGGAGUCUGUCAUCGACGCGCCACAAGAACCCGCCCUGCCAGGGCAGGGACCACCGAGGACGUUUGACCCGUAUUUUCGUAGCGAAUCUAGCUUUUCUGCUUUGCUAAAAAGAUGUACGGCGCUAUGGCAAGUUUUUAUUUCUCAUGCGCGGUAAAAAGAAAAACGGUGCAAGCAGACGUAGAGUAAGUAAGUAAAAAUUAUAUCUGUUCUGGCUUUCAAUUUCAAACACCUGACGUGACUGCGAUGUACACAUCAAAACGAUCCAUCUUCGAGUGACGCCAGCUCCUGAUAGCGACAGCAGGCUUAUUCAUCUUACGUGCGAAAUAAUGAUAAAUCUGAAACGCAAACGCAAGUGAGUUUGGGGAUAAUUACCACCGCCGAAACAUGAUUAUCAGCCCCGCCCCUCCCGCGCGCGCGGUGAACAACCUGGCGCCGUAUUCUCCGCCGCACAUGGUCGGCACCUGUCCCUUCCAAGCAAAGUGCGAGAACGAGCAGACCUGCGUGGGGUUUAACAGCUGGGGCUUCCAGAAGGUCAUGCAGAGCAACUACUCCGCCGUAGCGAACUUGUUGAACACCAUCUACUGCAUGUACUACAUGCCCAUGGAUAGCAAGUUCGAAAUCCCGCUGCGCGUCCGGCGCGCGCGGGAACUGGAACAGGAAGGAAAGUGAGAAGAGGAGAAAGCCUUCCUGUCGACCUGCAACCUUCUUUGCGAAGGUCUAGGUCGUCGGGCUCUGUGAGAAGGAGUGCAGGUGAAAGUCGUGGGGCACGUUUUUACCGCGUCGUAAUCAUACUGUCGUAGCGUGAAAGCAGCGGCUUGACGAUUUUUUUUUCUUUUCCAUACGAAGUACUAGACAAUCACGAUCCGGAACGA